GUGAUCAUUGUUUCGCCUUUGUUUCAUCUAUGCCUAGUCACGAAUGGAUCUUCCCUAUGUUAAGACGGGGGUUAACUUAGAUAUCGACUCAUUGAUUAUUUUACAAUGUCACUUAAUUUCUUUGCAUACGUAUUGACUGGAAAGGCUCUUUUAAUCCAGCUAACCAGGCCCGUAUCCAUUUUGAUUUUCAAUUGUGCUCUUUCGUUUGCAGUCUCCUUCCUCUAUUUUCCCUUUGCUAGCCUUUAACCUUAGACAAGACAGCUACGGUAUUUGUCGUGAGUGUAUCCGUGAUGGUGGUUUUGUGGCCGCUAUCGGGGCUGCGGCUAUGCUUGCUAUCUGCGCCCUCUCUCGUGCUGUUCGCCAGCUUAGUGUCCUGUGCCGUCAACCCCGAUGAAUUGCAUUCAGGUCACUGGUACAAGCUUGGCGUGGAGGACAUAACGGAGGCACUGCAGCGGACGCAGAACACCAAGGUUGCCAGGAAUGUGCUGCUAUUCCUGGGCGAUGGCAUGGGAAUUUCCACCAUCACUGCUGGUCGCAUUUUCAAGGGCCAAAAGGAAGGAAAGUCUGGGGAAGAAGGAUACUUGUCUUUUGAACGCUUCCCAGACAUGGCCCUUCUUAAGACCUAUAACGUGGACAAGCAAGUGCCUGACAGUGCGGCCACUGCAACGGCUUUCCUUUCGGGCGUUAAAGGGAACUUUUACACCCUGGGCGUGACGGCCGCGGUCAAGAACGGCGACUGCGCCUCUUCAUUGUUGCCUGAAAAUCGACCAAAGUCCAUCCUGACUUGGGCGCAGGAGACAGGCAAAGAAACAGGCCUCGUGACGACCACGCGCAUCACGCACGCAACUCCAGGCGCUGCGUACGCCUCAUCAGCGCAGCGCGAGUGGGAGUGCGACGCUAAGAUGAAGCAGGAGGCCGAUCCUUCAGUCCUGCACUGUAAGGAUAUCGCCCGGCAGCUCGUAGAAGAUCAGCCUGGCAUGAACUUGAAGGUGAUAUUCGGCGGAGGUCGGCAAGCUUUAGGAGCUCAGUUUGACAACUCGACGGCCACUUCCUGCCGCCGUCUGGACGGUCUGAACCUGGCGCACAAGUGGCAGGAGAUGCGACAGGCUGAGGGAGCCUCUUAUGCGUACGUCACCAACACGGGGCAGCUCAGAGAUGUCAACAUUGACAACGCUGAGUUCAUUUUAGGUCUGUUUGCGGACAAUCACAUCCCGUACGAGCGCGACCGCGACCUCGGUGUUGCCGGUGAGCCGAGCCUCAGCGAGCUCACAGCCACCGCUAUCAAGAGACUCAGCCGGGCAGAGGAAGGCUACUUUCUCAUAGUUGAAGGCGGUCGCAUCGACCACGCCCUGCACGACGGCAAAGCCCAGCUGGCACUGGAGGAAAUGCAGACGUUUGACGCGGCCAUCAGCACGGCGCUGGAGCUCGUCGACCUCGACGAGACGCUCGUCAUCGUCACGGCCGACCACAGCCACGGCCUCGCCAUCAACGGCUACCCUGAACGCGGCAACGAUAUUCUGGGCACGAGCUUCUACAAAGACGGCGUUACAGACGGCAUGCCGCACAUGACUCUCAUGUUCACCACGGGGCCAGGCUUCAACUUCUCCUAUGACGGAACUAAAGUUGCGCGCGUGAACGUCUCAGGCGUUGACGCCAACGCGUCGUCGUACAUGUUCCCCGCGGCGGUGCCUACGAAGGUCGGCUGGUCCAUGCACAGCGGGGAAGACGUUGCUGUGCAUGCCGUCGGUCCGUGGUCGCACCUAUUCCAUCGGACACACGAGCAGACGUACGUGGCGCACGUCAUCGCCUACGCCGCGCAGGUCGGGCCCUUCGCGCAGCAGCGGCCCGAAGCGCCCCACGCGCUCUGCUCCUCCUCCGCUGUCGCUCCUCAGGUCUUCCAGGCCGCUGUGGUGCUCUGCGCUUUUCUUCUUCUUCUUCAGCGAGUCUAGUUAAGCGUCGUGCAUCACAGCGAUUAGAAUCGUGUUCUACCUACUCUAUGUCUUAUGACGUUACAUUAAAAUCAAUUGUUGCCGUUCAUAGUGUUCGGGAUUACCUCGAUUUUCUUCCCACUUUUUUUGUUGAGAUGUUUAUCAUUUAGUUCGCCAUUUAACUCGAUUAUUUUUAUAAAGUUUAUUACCAGUUUUUAUUCCAGUUUAUAUGAGUUUCUGCAUAAAUAUCAACCACACUAUAUUAUAUAUUUCUACCUCACUUUGUAGAAAAUAUAAUGAUUAUUUGUUCUGUUGCAAUAGGUGGAUGGAUGAGGUGUACAAGUGAUCUGCAUGUCCAUGUGCAGUUUACUCAAGUUUCCAAAGUCAUUAGUUAGUCUUCAUCCACUCUGCUGCGUGUUCAGUUCACAGCCUUUCUACGGGUCACAUUGGAACUCCGUGACCACGGUGCACACGUGGAAAACCGCAAUGCAAUAAAUAAACAUCCAUGAUAAUACAUCUCUUGACGCAAAAUGUCUUCAUUUAAUGGUAAUGCUCUAGUAAUUUUUGCAGCUGAACUAACAUAUUUAUUUGUGCCAUUUCCUACUUAUUUUCAACAUUUCAUGUAUGUAAGGUUUGCAUCGUGUUCGUUAACAGAGUUCCGAGUUAACCAAGACAUUACCAAGGCACGAUUACUGUUUCGAUUUUGGAAAGUACGUAUUCAUUUUGAGUUUAUGCCUACGACAACUUCUAUAUUCCUUACCAGUAUUAAUGUUUCAGUAUUAACUAGCCCUUAAUAUUUAAUGCUCUCAAUAUUUCAGUAUUCUUGAGGAUUACACGUAGAAAACAUUAGGAAUUGGAAGAGUCUCUUGACUUAAGUUACACUUGUUGACAAUCAUCUUGGAUUUGCGUGAAAUAUGUGACGCGUGUAAGCAGCUAUUGUCCUCGCUCUAUUUCAUAAGUUUUAUUAACAAGAAUUAUAUUAUUAACAAGCUAUAUUCGUGCUUCCAGUCAAGAUACCUGCGUUUAGCCUGUAUGUCCGCGUUGUUUUCCCUGCUUGAUACAUUAUAUUAUUUUGUAUUAUUACUCUUUGCCAAAUCUGCCGUUGAAUUCUUUGCAAAUAAUUAAGUGUUAUUUUCUCUCUACUGUUCUUAGUCAGCAUACUAACUAACUAACUAAUUAUCUAAGCACGUUUCUUGUUGUUUGACUUUAUGUUAAUUAUAGCAUCUUUUUAUGUUUAUUUUCUGUGUUUACUAACGGUAAGGUUAAUAUCUAUGACAAUCUUGGAUCUGUUAGGAUUCUUGCUGGUCUAUUGCCACUUGCCAUGUAUUGUGUAACAAAUAAUGACCUACUGAAUAUGCCUUUGUUUUUAACUGUUCUAAGUAAUGCGAUCUACGAGUACAGGUCAGGUUAGCUCAUUCACACGUGUAGCGUCUACCGCAAGUAUAAUCAGCAUUCCGAUACGUCGAUACGAUCAAGACUUAGUUGACCGGGACUCAAUGCGUACAUUAACUUAUUUUAUAAAUCUUGUGUUGGUUUGGUACAAAAAUAAUCCCGAAUGUGUUUUCGUUUCCUAGAUUUGUUACCGAUGUGCUAAAAAAUUUGCGAUAAAUGGGUGCUACUGCUUUAUGCUCAUACGGAGGAAAAUUUAGCUUCCACAGUGCGAGAUGCCGGGGAUGAAUUUUAUUUUUUUUCUGUUUUGUUUAGAGAGUUUUUACCGUUUAAUACCAGUUUCUUAAGACAAUGUGAAGGUGUCUUGCCAUAAUGUUGACUCGAUGGUUCAGCUUCAAUGUGAAGCUAGAGUAGCUUUUUCUGAUUUUCUGUCAAGCUUCUUUAAUGAUAUUUUCUUUACGCUGUCACGCAUCUCACAGGGAUUAGUUUUCAGUAGUUAUCCCCUCCAUGCUGGUAAUAAUUACUAAUACGAGUUGAUAAUUUGUGAGUUGACCUGACCAUCGCCACUGAUCAUUAUUUCGUGUCCUGUGAAAACCAUGACCGACUCUUGUCCUGCCAUUUAGGUUGCGAUGCAAUCCUGUAUCCAAGUACUUUAAGUUGAACGCGCUGUCUUUUUAGAACCCACCUUUAAGAAUUGUUAUUUAUUUGCAUUUACUUGCCAUUAUCUUGCAAGUUUGUAACGUAUUAAUUAUUCCGGAAAAUUACGAUGAUUAAGUCUUAAUUAUCUUUCUCUGAGCUUCAGUGGUUGGUUUAAAUUCGUUGUCUUAGUCUCAUCACGUCUAAGAAAUGCUACCCAAUUCGAAACCGCGACAACUUCAGGCAUGCACAAAAUGCUUUGAAUUACAUUUUAUUUAACUGACUUGAAAUUUUAUGCUCUAUUAUAACGCGAGAAGCUGUUAUUUAUUAAGGGGAUCCAAAAUCCAAUCAUUUGUGCCGAAAUGUUAACAUAAGACUUAUCAUUUUUAUUGUUAUGUGUUUUGUUUCAUUUUGUUCUAAUAUUCAAAUACAUAAAGUUUUGACUGUUGU